AGCUAGCUAGCUUAGUUCAGCCUCAUAGCUUACAUAUUGAUAAUACAUAACUGGUUAUUUAGGUUUCUAAUGUUAUUUAAAAGGUAAACGCUUACUAACGAUUUGUGUUGUUUUUGUUUGCUAUCUUAGCUGACAAGCGUAGUUUUGUCCUUAACAUAGCUAGCUAGUUAACGUUAGAUUGUAUUUACGACAUUGAUCACGUUUGUGUAUCAUCCCCUGUAUGUUUUGUUCUCCCUUUUAACGGGUAUUGGAAUUAUCUUUAACACUUUAGAUGCUUUACGGUCACAUUUGUUAAGGAUUUGUAAAGAAAAGGAUAAACAAGUAAGAACAAUCAAGCAUGGACCAAAUAAAAAAGGAAUAUGGUAUCAAGUUUCCGAGUGUCAGAGCUACAGGUGUUAUUGGGCUUUGCAGGACGGAACAAAAGUGGUCGCAAGCAGGAACUACUAUUGAGGGCCCUGCACUUACUAAAGACCGAGUGUAGCCCAGCAGUGCACAGCAAAAUUAAGGAACUUUAUCGACGCCGCUAUCCCAGAACAAUAGAAGCUCUUUCUGACUUUUCCUCCCUCAAGUCUUCAGUCUUUUCCUCUGCCAUCGUGGACUCAGACCUCGCCCUCGCUGCUGGGUAUGCCCAUGGUUCUGGCUCAGUGGCCCAGCACCCUAUGACCCACAGUCCCAUUCUCUUCCAUGAGACCAAGCCCAGGAUCGACAUGCAGCAGCCAGCGCCUCCCAUUCCACCCGUCCACCCUGACGUGCAGCUGAAGUCUCUUCCUUUCUACGAUGUGCUGGAUGUCUUGAUCAAGCCUUCGAGUCUGGGUGCAAGCAGCAUCCAGCGUUUCCAGGAGAAGUAUUUCAUCUUUGCCCUCACCCCACAACAAGUACGAGAAGUAUGCAUUUCCAGGGAUUUUCUCCCAGGUGGUAGAAGAGACUACAUGGUUCAAAUUCAGUUGAGAUUUUGUCUUGCUGAGACCAGUUGCCCACAAGAAGACAACUACCCAAAUAGUCUGUGCAUUAAAGUAAAUGGGAAACUCUUUCCUCUUCCGGGAUAUGCACCUCCUCCUAAGAAUGGAGUAGAACAGAAGAGACCGGGGAGACCCUUGAACAUUACCUCACUAGUUCGAUUGUCCUCAGCAGUUCCCAAUCAGAUUUCAGUCACGUGGGCCCCUGAAAUUGGGAAGACCUACUCUGUGUCAGUGUUCCUGGUCAGGCAGCUCACCUCUUCACUGUUACUGCAGAGGUUGAAAAUGAAGGGCAUCCGGAAUCCUGACCAUUCAAGAGCUCUAAUUAAAGAAAAGCUGACAGCAGAUCCUGACAGUGAGGUUGCAACAACUAGUUUGCGAGUUUCUCUGAUGUGCCCACUGGGGAAGAUGCGCCUGACUGUGCCUUGUCGAGCGGUCACGUGUUCGCACCUGCAGUGCUUCGAUGCAGCUCUCUACUUACAGAUGAAUGAGAAGAAGCCCACUUGGAUCUGUCCAGUCUGCGACAAGAAAGCUGCUUAUGAGAGCCUGAUCAUUGAUGGACUUUUCAUGGAGAUUUUGAACGACUGCUCGGAUGUGGAUGAAAUUAAAUUCCAAGAAGAUGGGUCAUGGUGUCCCAUGAGACCAAAGAAAGAAGCUCUAAAAGUGUCACCCCAGCUUUGCCCAAAUUUGGAAAGCUCCACGCUGGUGCGGCCAUGCUCAGUGAUUCCCUCAACUGAACCCAGCAGUGUGAAGAAGGCGGAUGUUAUUGACCUCACUUUAGAGAGCUCUGAGGAGGAGGAAGAAGAAGACCCUCCACUCAAGAAGCGCUGUCUCUUCAUGUCAAAGGCAGAGGAGACCCACACUAAGGGGGUUUUGGCCUAUCAACCAUCAACAUUAAGAGUGCCAAAUGUCCAAGCUGUGGAAACAUCCUACCUGUCCUCUUCUCUUGCUGACUAUGCAGUUCCAUUCCAUCACUCCACUUUGUCCACUAUUCCUGCAGACAUGCAAGGUCUAGAUUUGUUCUCCUUGAUGCAAGGAGAGUCCCAGCAUUACCGCACACCAAUGUUCCUGGAUAACUUACCCAGCAGCCUGCAGAGCCCCGCCUCCAGUGGUGGACUCAUCUCUUCCUCCAGCCAAUAUGAGGGAAGCUCCCAUAGCGGCAGCUCAAGCCACAAUGAGACCGGUGUCAUUACCGGGGGAGGAGGGACCAGCAUCUCUGAUAUUAUAUCCCUGGAUUAAAUCAGUUUUGAGAAUCUCCCACUCCAAAGUUCAGUAUCAGAUACUGCCAUUCAGCUGUCCCAUUUUUCCCCAUUUAAGAUGGUUGUUUUUACUGUAAUUUAUAAUGCUACAUAUGGCCUUUUAUUGGAUGAAUGAACUUUCAAGACCUGCUUGGUUGAAGAAAGGCGGACUGAUGUAAGUUGAACAUGAAUGAUCAUGUAAAUUAUUUUGCGCCAGUGGCUUAAUCUCAGAAUGAGCAAUACAAGGUGCUCAGAGGCAGCUCAGUUUUUGAAACAUUAAUAUCAGUUCAUGUUGUGUACAGUACUUUUGGUUUCUGUGUUCAUUUGGACCACACAUAGCAAUAAAAUACCUUCCAUACAUACAGUGCUAGUACUGGUUGUAAAUUUAUCAA